AUGCUUCCCGGGGACGUGAUAUACCGGACGACCGGGGGGACGCGGUGGACCGGGCGCCGUGGGGACGCGGUGGACCGGGCGCCGGGGGGACGAGGUGGACCGGGCGCCGGGGGGGCGAGGUGGACCGGGCGCCGGGGGGACGAGGUGGACCGGGCGCCGGGGGGACGAGGUGGACCGGGCGCCGGGGGGACGAGGUGGACCGGGCGCCGGGGGGACGAGGUGGACCGGGCGCCGGGGGGACGAGGUGGACCGGGCGCCGGGGGGACGAGGUGGACCGGGCGCCGGGGGGACGAGGUGGACCGGGCGCCGGGGGGACGAGGUGGACCGGGCGCCGGGGGGACGAGGUGGACCGGGCGCCGGGGGGACGAGGUGGACCGGGCGCCGGGGGGACGAGGUGGACCGGGCGCCGGGGGGACGAGGUGGACCGGGCGCCGGGGGGACGAGGUGGACCGGGCGCCGGGGGGACGAGGUGGACCGGGCGCCGGGGGGACGAGGUGGACCGGGCGCCGGGGGGACGAGGUGGACCGGGCGCCGGGGGGACGAGGUGGACCGGGCGCCGGGGGGACGAGGUGGACCGGGCGCCGGGGGGACGAGGUGGACCGGGCGCCGGGGGGACGAGGUGGACCGGGCGCCGGGGGGACGCGGUGGACCGGGCGCCGGGGGGACGCGGUGGACCGGGCGCCGGGGGGACGCGGUGGACCGGGCGCCGGGGGGACGCGGUGGGCCGUGGGGACGCGGUGGACCGGGCGCCGUGGUGGACCGGGGGGGACGAGGUGGACCGGGGGGGACGAGGUGGACCGGGGGGGACGAGGUGGACCGGGGGGGACGAGGUGGACCGGGGGGGACGAGGUGGACCGGGCGAGAUAG